UCAACCGGCGUGACUUGUUAUUGAAUAUUGAUUUUAUUUAUAUCUUAAGUAUUUUUGAAACAUUUUUCUCAAACUAAGAAAUGUAAGGCAUUCUUUUUAAACUAUUCAUUACAAGCCAUGUCAGCAAAUGGUAAUGGCGGUAACUAUGCACCUCUCAAGCAAUUACUGUCGGAUUCAGAAUCUGAAGAUGAUCAGAAGUUAGAAAAUGCCGUACGCAUCCAGGCUUCGGAUAGCUGUAAUAAUUUGGAUUACAAUAGUGGAUUGCAGUCGUCAAAGAAUUACAGUAUGAGUGAUAUGGAUGAGUACAAUUCAAAUGAAAAAACAGUAGAAAGCACUAUGGAUAAUGUAAGCUUCUUACAAUCCGAUAUGUCAAAUAAAAUGUCUUUUUCACGACGCUGCGCAUUUAUCGCAUCAAUAUUUGUUUGCGUCUUUACCAUAAUAAUAUUUCUUUGGGGUAUCCCGUGCUCCGACGUCGGCAGUUGUAUUAAUAAUGAGUGGCAAGAUAAAACUACGAGCUGGGAGAUUCCCUACGACGAAAUAGAGUUGUCCGGAGCGGUUCAGGUCGUAGACGGAGCUAUACCUAAUACAAAAAAUCUUAUAUUCAUAUAUCGCGGUAAUCAUAUGAAAGAGGAAAAAAACAAUAAUGACAAUGUGAAUGGAGUUUUAUUGAUUGUAGGUAACACUGGUAAAGUCGGCUGGUAUACAAGAGAAACUAGAAUUCCAACUGAAAUAGACUGUCAUCUUAUUGAUGUAAAUCGCGAUAAGCAGAAAGAUUGCAUUGUGUCAGGUUCAGAGGGACUGCUUGCUGCUCUCAACCCCUUGUCAGGGACAUACUAUUGGUAUAUACUUAAACAAGGUAAAAUAUUCAGUGAUAUUGCAGCAAUUGAUUUUCCAAUAGUAAUAAAAGAUAUGGACAAGGAUAAGGUCUAUGACCUUCUGACUGUCGCCACCAUGUAUCCCAAUGCCAAUCAUAAUUCAUUGUUGAUAAUAUCUGGAGCAACAGGUAAUAUCAUCGGCGAUCCAAUGACCGUUCAUGAUUGUCUAGUGAUCAAACUCUUGACAGAGUCUGAUGGUAUCACAUAUCUUUGCAAAAAUGGAACAUCUGAAGCUGUUCGGCAGAUAACAUAUCCCUGGCUAUAUAGAAAGCUAUUGAAGCUAGAUCAGUCAACAAACCAUUCAGUUCCCAUAUCUAUGGUUUCAAAGAGGGUAAACAUCAGCUUAAAAAAGAGUAUGAGCAGCGCAAAUAAUUGGGAAAUAUAUACAAAUGGGCCUGGGAAACUUAUUGUUGAAAAUUCCGGGGACUGUCCUAACUCAUGUAGAGUUAAUCUAAAAUUAUUGCUUGAGAAAAAUGGAACAACAAAUGUAAGUUGGGAGUAUUCUGCAAAUCACGUAUAUGCCAUGAAGCCAAGUUCAUUUGCCUUUGCAAACUCUAUUAGGGGUUUUGUCUUGAAAUUAUGACAGUGGAACAGUGCACACUUAGCAAAGGGUGCACUUAAAAUUGAUGAAGUAAGAUACAAUGUACAAAACCAAAGCCCAAAGAAUACAUAUGAUAUCUUUUAUUACCGACCAACGAUAAAUGUUGCUUCUAUUUCAUCUUUUA